AUGCAGUUACGGUUAAGGCGACUUUCAAAGACGAUUUAUUUAACGAAUUCAUUUUAUAACUCGAAAUCCACCAUGGAAUUUCACGAGUGCUUUACACUACUGACCACGCGACCUGUACACGCCCAUGAGCACUGUAAGGAGGAGCAAGAUAUUUACGAGACGAACCAAGACAUGAAUGUAUCGGUAGACUAUGCGCAAUCAAGUCCCAACCAAGCUCAGGAUUUGAUGCUACAAAGCUGUCGAGAGCUUGUCAAGACUUUCAAUCGUCUGCAGGAGAUGCGGGUCCAAAUUUACGCUGAUUUUCAGCAAGGCUUUCAGGUUUACAAAAAGACCCAGGAAUUUCCUGCAUUCUGUUCUGGAAUCAAGAAUCGGCUUUCGGCUGUAAGUGAGCAGGUGAACCGCAUUGAAAAGCUCCUGCGGGAUGAGAAGCACCAAGUGGCGAUCGCAAAACUUCUCCGCAAAAUUCAAAUUGAAGAAAAAGAAAAGCUUCUUUUGACGUCUGCCAUUUUAAUUGAAAACAUGCGGCUCAGCGACGAAGCCAAGCAGGUUGAGCCCGAUACCUCGACUAUUGCAUUCUUGGAGCGUUCAAUCGAAAUACUUACAACUAAACACACUGACUGCGUAGUUCGUAUCAAUGAGAUUCUGGAGGAGCUACGGGUAGAAUUAGCCGAUCUAGAGGACGCGUGA